CCUGAAGCUAUACUCUCCCCCGUCCGACCACUUUUGACGCUCUGCCGGGUAAUUAUCGUACAUUUUAGAGACCCACCCAAAGAACAGACAACAUUGGGGUGUUUUGUGCCUGUCCUUCUGCAGUCUUCACAAUUCUACCCUGGCAAAAUCGUUGUGCGGGUAUAAGAAAACGUUGUUUUUAGGACAGGGGUCGGCAUGUCCUCCCGAAGGAAGCCAGGGAGGCGAGAAUGGCAGAGUUGGAGGUUCUGUAUGGGCCUGGUUCUGACGGCGGUGUGGAUUUCAGGUUCCAGCUGUUUUGAGGCUUCUGUGGUGGAAGACUUUGUCGCGCAUCGGUUGGAGAGCAGGGUCAAGAGAGCAAUCCAGAAUGUUCGCGUCGGUCUGGAGUUCGUCAUGGCGCAGUACUCCACUGAAGCGGUCCGGUACAGCUUCCUGAACGCCACCAACGUGCAGAACGGCUUCAGUAACCUCAACCCGCUCAUCGGCCAGGGGCUCGUCGGUGGUGAGAAGUACCACGUGUCCUUCGUGAUUCUGGAGACGUUCUCGGGAGAUCUUUACUCACCGGACUCCACCGCUUAUGCAGACCUGAAGGCGCGCGUAGAAAACGCGGUAGGGUCCUUGCUGUUCGCAGAAAACGGAGUAAUUCUUAUUGACCUCUGUGACUUCAGACCAAGAGGGACUAACAUCCAGGCCACGCUCCGUGUCAUGGUAGCGCCCAGCGCAGUGACGUCAGUCCAGACCACCCUGGGGACUGCUAUCGCCACGGGGCAGCUGGGAGACCUGUCCGUAGACGCCGACUACUUCACACUUGACCCUGAUCUGCCCCUGUACGACAUACCGAUAGACCUGGUCUUCCUCGUGGACGGCUCCGACAACACCACGGACGCCGAGUUCCGCGCAAUGACGUCAUUCGCGGGAAAGGUGGCGGCUGAGUUCCAACUGGGUCCCGACUCGGCCCGAGUUCUGGUGGAGCAGUACAGCGACGCCCUGACGUCAUCGCUCGACUCCGGCAACUUUACCAGCUGGGCGGACAUGCAGGCGGCACUAGCGACCCUCGUCAAGCAAGGUGGCGGACGGGCACUGGCGAGAUCGUGCGUCGAAUCCGUCAACGGGCUACUCCAGGCCGGCCGGCCCGACGUGCCGAAAAUCAUCGUCGCGUUCAGCACGGGACCAGACGACUCGUCCGCGAACAUUAGCCUCUCCUUCGCCGGGCACUUCGCUCGCCAGCUCGGGGUGGUGGUGUACGGCGUCGCGCUGGGUCCAGCCGCCAAUCGGGGAGCGCUGCAGAACCUGGUGGGGUACUCCUCUAGCAAUCUCCGCUCGCUUCGCAACACCAGGGGGUUUGUGGACCUCAGGAACAGACUGCCUGCACGAUUCGGUAACGUCGGCGUCCUGUCGUACGGAUGGGUUCAGCUGGCUCAGCGCUACGUCAGCAGCUACGAUGACGUCACCUCUGACGCACACGUGACGCUGGAGCAGGAGGUCCUGACUCAGCUUAACGCCAUUUUUGCCGGUGUGGACGGUUUUCAAACGGUCAACGUUCUUCAAGCACGGAACGUCAUAUCUUCGGGUUACACUCAAGUGGCGUUCUCGGUGCAGUCCGGGGCGUACUCGCUGGAGGCGCUCCUAACUGCGUGGAGGAGUAACGGUCCCUCCCAGUUCCAUGCCGUAUCGUCGUCGCUACUGGUGCCGUCAGAUUUCCAAGCUUUCUACGCCCGCUUCGUCUUCAUGGCGAACACACUCCCGAGUGAAGAACCUGUCGACAUCGUCUUUGCUUACCAGAACGAGAUCUUACGACAGUUCUACACCCUUGUGAAUUCGUCAGAAAGUAAUUCUCAAAUCUACUAUGCUCAAGUCGCCAACGCCUUCAAAUGGAGAGUCGGGUACGUGGUGUACCUGCGGAUCGUGGUGUCCAGGACCGUCCGGGCCGACCUGCAGACCUUCCUGCUGACCCAAGUCCGGGAGGGCGGUCUCCCCGAUGCCGAGGCGGGCUCCCUGUCCUUCAACGCCGAUAUCCUCGGCUUCGGGGCAGUGCCGACUGUCGACGUCUUUGUGGACGACUUGUCAAUCCUGCGAGAGAGCCUUCAUGGGUAUUCCCCGGGGGGCCCUGUUGACGUCCCCCUUCAGUUCUUCAUUGCCAACAACGGCACAGACAAUCCGUCAGUGGCCCGAACUUGCAAGGACAGUAACUCCACCUACGUGGAUUGUUCCCUUGCUGACGCCCCCCUCUCCAGUAGACAACCCAACUUCGCCCUCAGCGCGUACAUGACAGACUCUGCAAACCUGGAGGACGCCUCGGCCAGGAAGGAGGUGGAUGUAGACGUGAACCUUGACACGUCUGUGUCGCUUAGACUCGGACUGGCAGCUGCAGGGAGGACCUGGUUCUCAGGGCCACAGGUCCAAGUGGCGUUUGCGGACGCAGCGGAGUGCCAGCUAUACACCCACAUCUGUCUGACUGUCAGCCUGCUGGACUCGUACCACGACUACGGGGCGGACAACAACGACUUCUGCAUAGAGAUCCCUGACAAAAACUGCGCACUGUUGCCAUGCAGCGCCGGAAUCUGCGGCACCAAUGCCAACUGUUUCGACGGUGACGGCCAGCUGCCCACCUGCGUGUGUGUGGAGGGGUACCGCUCACCGACUGAUGACGGCCACGACUGCCAAGAUAUUGACGAGUGUGCGGAAGCGCUGGAGCAGGACGCGCCUGUGUGCGACAGGUCCGCUAACCUGAGGUGCUCCAACACGGCGGGCGGCUUCGACUGCAACUGCCGGCAGGGGUGGACCAUGGACAACGGCGUCUGCGCCAAGUCGAAUAGGCUUCAUGGCUCCGUUUCCAUACCAGAACCAUUCGAGCCUGAGUUGAACGACCCAACUUCAGUAGCGUUCCAGACGCUGUCAUUGCGAGUCACUGUCACGAUAACGCAGCUCUUCCGCAUCACGAUCAUCGUGGUCAUCCGGAUCACCAUCAUCAGCUUCUCGCCCGGCAGCAUCGUCGCCAACUACGCCAUCGACAUGCCGGCGGGACAGAACAUCAGCGCCGACGCGCUCACCGACGCCCUGUCGGACGCGCUGGUCGGGGCGCUGAACCAGUCCAACCCGCUCAACGUGGACCCGGCCACAGUCACGGUUACGGAUUUUGAUGAGUGCGCCAACGAGACGACCAACGACUGCUCGGCGUUCGCUAACUGCAACAACACGGUCGGGAGCUUCACAUGCGCAUGUCAACCCGGCUACAUCGACCAAGACCCCGUCGACGACCCCGGUAGAACAUGCGAGUCACCACCGACACCAACACCAUCGGUGUCCUUACCACUGCCCACGACCAUCAGUGUGAUUUUACCCAGCUCACUUCAACCAACUCUUCCGGAGUCACUGGCCACAUUGGCACCGACUGUCGCACCAACUGUUCCGGAGUCUCUUGCCACCUUAGCCCCGACCAUCUCACCAACUCUUCCCGAAUCCCUGGCCACGUUGGCACCCACAGUCUCACCGACUAUUCCGGAGUCCUUAGCGACACUGGCACCCACAGUCUCACCUACUAUUCCGGAGUCUCUUGCUACAUUGGCACCGACAGUCUCACCGACUCUUCCGGAGUCUUUGGCUACAUUGGCGCCGACAGUCUCACCGACUAUUCCGGAGUCCCUAGCGACAUUGGUACCGACUGUCUCACCGACUCUUCCGGAAUCUUUGGCCACUUUAGCACCCACAGUUUCACCGACUAUUCCGGAGUCUCUUGCCACAUUGGCACCGACAGUCUCGCCAACUCUACCGGAGUCUCUUGCGACAUUGGCACCGACAGUCUCCCCAACUCAAUCGGAGUCUUUGGCGACAUUGGCACCGACUAUUCCAGAGUCUCUGGCCACUUUAGCACCGACCGUUUCACAAACAGUUCCGGAAUCUUUAGCGACAUUGGCACCAACAGUCUCCCCGAUACUACCGGAGUCUCUGGCCACUUUAGCACCGACCGUCUCACCGACUCUUCCGGAGUCUUUGGCUACAUUGGCACCAACAGUCUCGCCAACACUACCGGAGUCUCUUGCCACGUUGGCACCUAGUGUCUCACCGACUAUUCCGGAGUCCCUAGCGACAUUGGUACCGACUAUCUCACCGACUCUUCCAGAAUCGUUGGCUACGUUGCCACCGAGUGUCUCACCGACCGUUCCGGAAUCGUUAGCGACAUUGGCCCCGACCGUCUCACCGACUCUACCAGAGUCGCUAGCAACACUUGCGCCGACAGUCUCGCCAAUUGUAUCAGAGACUCUGGCCACGUUGGCACCGACAGUCUCACCAACUCUUCCGGAAUCUUUAGCGACACUGGUGCCAACCGUCUCACCGACUCUUCCGGAAUCUCUUGCUACAUUGGCACCAACUGUCUCACCGACUCUACCGGAGUCUCUAGCGACGCUCGUACCGACUGUCUCACCUACUCUUCCGGAGUCUCUUGCAACACUGGCACCAACUGUCUCACCGACUCUUCCCGAAUCUUUAGCGACACUGGCACCAACUGUCUCACCGACCCUUCCGGAGUCUCUUGCCACGCUGGCACCGGCAGUCUCACCAACUCUUCCAGAAUCCCUGGCCACGUUGGCACCGACUGUUUUACCGACUAUUCCAGAGUCUUUAGCGACACUAGCACCCACAGUUUCACCGACUCUACCAGAGUCUCUUGCCACAUUAGCACCAACUGUCUCACCGACUCUUCCCGAAUCUUUAGCGACAUUAACACCGACCCUUCCGGAGUCUCUGGCUACUUUAGCACCGACCGUUUCACCCACUCUUCCUGAAUCUCUAGCGACACUGGCACCGACCCUUCCGGAGUCUCUGGCUACUUUAGCACCGACCGUUUCACCCACUCUUCCGGAAUCUCUAGCGACAUUGGCACCGACUCUUCCGGAGUCUCUGGCAACAUUGGCACCGACCGUGUCACCAACUAUUCCGGAGUCUAUAGCCACCUUAGCCCCGACUGUCUCACCGACUCUACCGGAGUCUUUGGCCACUUUAGCACCGACCGUCUCACCCAUAGUUCCGGAGUCUCUAGCAACACUUGCACCGUCUGUCUCGCCGACUCUUCCGGAAUCUCUAGCAACUUUAGCACCGACCGUCUCACCAAUAGUUCCGGAGUCUCUAGCAACACUUGCACCGUCUGUCUCGCCGACUCUUCCUGAGUCUCUAGCAACAUUGGCACCGACCGUCUCACCGACCGUUCCGCAAUCUUUAGCGACAUUGGCACCGAGUGUCUCCCCAACUCUACCGGAGUCUCUUGCCACGUUAGCACCAACAGUCUCGCCGACUCUUCCACAGUCUCUUGCAACUUUACCUCCAGUUGUCUCACCAACUCUUCCCGAGUCUCUGGCCACCUUGGCACCGACCGUCUCACCGACUCUUCCACAGUCGCUGGCCACGUUGGCACCAACAGUCCCACCUACUAUUCCGGAGUCUUUGGCUACGUUGGCACAGACCGUCUCACCGACUCUCCCAGAGUCUUUAGCAACAUUGGCACCGUCUCCUCCGGACUCUCUGGCCACUUUAGCACCGACUGUUUCAGCGACUCUGCCGGAGUAUCUGGCCACGUUGGCACCUACACCCUCGCCGACUAUUCCGGAGUCUCUAGCCACUUUAGCACCGACCGUCUCAAUGACUCUACCAGAGUCUCUGGCAACUUUAGCACCAGUUGUCUCACCGACUCUUCUGGAGUCUCUAGCGACAUUGGCACCAACUGCCUCACCGACUAUUCCGGAGUCUUUGGCCACUUUAGCACCUACACCUUCACCUACUGGGCCUGCGUCUAUUGCCACACUAGUCCCAACAACAGCUGUACCUACACCAAGUCUCCCUGCUUCUCUCCUGCCUUCGGUCUCACCGACUGUUUCCGAAGCAACAACGCCUGUACCAACUGCUCUGCCGUCUGUCUCACCGUCUGCACCAACUGUUUCCGAAGCAACAACGCCUGUACCAACUGCUCUGCCGUCUGUCUCACCGUCUGCACCGACUGUUUCCGAAGCGACGACGCCUGUAGCAACCGCUGCACCAACUACAUCAGCAACCAUCGCUGUGACGCCUUCUGCUACUCUUGGGACGCCAACAGUUCCACAGGUUUCAACAUCGCCGGCUUCCGUGUCUCCCCCAACAGUCUGCUCUCCGAUCUGCGACGUCUUGGCCUCCUGCGUCCUCAUCAAUGGCACGGCGCGGUGUGUCUGUAACUCUGGCUUCGAAGGAGAUGGCUUCACGUGCACGGAUCUUGACGAAUGUUCCACCUCCCCGUGCACGGGUCCGAAUGAGCGCUGCAAGAACAGGCCGGGCAGUUUUGACUGUGUCUGUCUUCCCACUUACAUACGGUGGGGAGAUGACGACAACUGCACAGCGACCAGCAGGCAUAAUAUCGACGUCACCUACACAGAUAACUUUGAUUACAAUCCCGACCAACACGAUGGAAACAGUAACGGCUUCCAGGCAGAGAGACAGCGGCAUAUCAACGAGUUUGAUGAUCUAGUAGACGGUUGGGUGGGCAAUGUCCCGGAUGUGGACAAAGUUGCCACGUCAUUCAACAACUUCCGGAGCGGGAGUCUCAUCGCCAAUAAUGACGUCAUCCUGGCGGGAAAGCCGCUGUCUAGUGCGCAGGUCCAGGAGGGUCUAAACGGACGAAUCAACAAUGAUCCGAAUUCGAACUUCAAACAAGUCACAGCGAAACCUUACGAUUACUGCGGCGACUCCAACACACAGGACGCCUGCUACAGUCGGGACUACUGCACCAACACGGACACGGGCGGCUUCACCUGCCAGUGCCCCCCGACUCAUAUAGACGACUCUCCCGCUGGCCUUCCCGGGCGCAACUGCAACAUAAACAGAGUUCCCAUCAUCCUCGGCGUGGUGGGUGCGGCCUUGCUGCUGUUCCUGCUGGUUCUACUCGCCAUGAAAGGCACCAAAUAUGGCAGAAGGAAAGUCUGGGCGCCAAAACGAAAGAUUCCCAAGCCGGGCGACUUUGACCCAGGAGACAUGGUGUGGGCCCGUGAGGAGGGCCGGUCCCUGUACUGGCCGGGCAGGGUGGUGUCUGAGACGGACAGGGGAGAGUCCAUGUGGGUGCGGUGGACAGGGUCCGGAGGGUACUCCAAGGUUAAACAGAAGAGAAUCGCCCCCUUCUACCAGUUUGACCAGUACUUCGACAGGACGGCGUAUCACAACCUGCCUGCUUACCGCAAGUCCGUCAACGAUGCACUGCGGACGAUGAACACGCCUGCUAAUGGCACCGCGUCGCCAGUUCCCACGACGGAGGACGCUACCGCGCCGGCGGAGGACUACCAACCCCGUCCCGCGGCGAACCCGCUGCUCCGCCCGAAGGGGGUGCCGCACCUGCAGGUGCCGGCCAACGGUAACGGGGCGGGGGCUCACCGUGGCAACGGCACCGUGCAGGGCGAUGACGUGUCCAGCCAGGCCUCAACCAUCGACAUGGACUGGACACGUAUCAGGACCAGCAAGCGGUUUGCCCCGAACGUGGCUCCGCUGACGUACACGAAGAACCAGGACGACAUGUAUCUGCCCAUGCGCGACCGGGAUGACGGCAGCACGUCGCACAGGUUCGUCACCUCCAGCUCCCAGCGUCUCAAGGCGGCCAGGAGCAGCGACUACGUCUUACUCAACUUCGACAACAAGUCCGACAUUUGAUGUCAUAUGAU